AUGCACUGGCCUACCGGGCACGCUGGGCAGCAUCUUAGCGCCUCCGACGACGAGGAGCCACUGGCCCUGGACUGCACCACUAGAUCACCUAGCGGGCACGCGCAUGCUUCUUUCCGGACCCCAUUCAUUCAGCUGCCAGCCCCGGAGGCGGAGCAAGUCGGGAGGCACCCCUCUGGCGAGAGCAUGACGGACGGCAAGGGCCGGCAGCCUCGCCGUGGUUGCCCUCCUCGGCAGAGAGCCCGAGCCAUCGCCCACUCACCGCGGUCUCCGAGGAGCCCUCACCUCCUAGUCCACCGGUCCGCAUGCGCAUCUACUUGCCACGCUAUAGCAACGAAGGCCCUCACCGGUCUGGCUAUCCUGCACUCGACGUGGAAGGUGUUUACAUGCGUAAUGCACCGGCCGUGGACCAAAUCUUAA